UCCCCCAGAGAUGGUCGCGGGAGGAGGAGGCUGUCCAUCGGCGAGAAGGGCGGGGGCUGGCGGCUCCUGCUCUCCUUCCUUCCCUCCCUCCUUCUUUCUCUCCCUUUCCAAGUUUCUGCUCCUCCCUCCUUCGCACAAACUUUCCCGUCGCUCUUGCUCGGCGCCCGGCUAGAGCUCCUUUCGGUGCGCGGCGGAUUCCUCAGCCAGCCAGCCAGCCGCGCCUCCCCCCUCUUCCUGCUGCCCUGUCACCUUCUCCCCCCCCCCUUCACGCAACCGAUCCAGAGGCUCAAGCGGCUGCACCGCCGGGACCACCACCCACCCUUCCCCGGACGGAGCACGGAGUAAGUUGCUGAGUUGCCGUUUGGGGCUCAGGGUCAGAGCCCAGAGCAGCCAUCACAAUAGCGUCCAACAGCUGGAACGCCAGCGGCAGCCCCGGGGAGGGGCGAGAAGAUGGACAGGAGGGGAUGGACAAGAGCCUGGACAAUGAUGCCGAAGGAGUGUGGAGUCCAGACAUUGAACAGAGCUUCCAGGAGGCGCUGGCAAUAUACCCGCCGUGUGGCCGGCGGAAGAUUAUUCUCUCGGACGAGGGCAAAAUGUAUGGUCGCAAUGAAUUGAUAGCAAGGUACAUCAAGUUACGGACGGGGAAAACAAGGACAAGGAAACAGGUGUCCAGCCACAUACAGGUUCUAGCUCGGAAGAAGGUGCGAGAGUACCAGGUUGGCAUUAAGGUCUCUAGCCACUUGCAGGUUCUAGCCAGACGGAAAUCUCGUGAGAUUCAGUCGAAGCUGAAGAGUCCACAAAGCAGGAGCUGCCAUUAUCAGGCUAUGAACUUGGAUCAGGUCUCAAAGGACAAGGCUCUGCAGAGUAUGGCUUCCAUGUCGUCAGCACAGAUCGUAUCUGCCAGUGUCCUGCAGAACAAGCUCAGCCCCCCUCCUCCACUCCCUCAGGCUGUCUUCUCCGCUGCUCCCAGGUUUUGGAGUGGGCCUAUCCCAGGACAGUCUGGACCUUCUCAGGACAUUAAACCUUUUGCACAACCAGCCUACCCCAUCCAGCCACCCAUGCCUCCAUCACUAGCCAGCUACGAGCCCCUGGCUCCUCUCCCACCUGCUGCCUCGGCUGUGCCAGUCUGGCAGGACCGCACCAUCGCCUCCACCAAACUGCGGCUCCUUGAGUAUUCAGCGUUUAUGGAAGUGCAGCGUGACCCUGAAACGUAUAGCAAGCACCUCUUUGUGCACAUUGGACAGACGAACCCCUCGUACAGUGACCCGCUGCUGGAGGCAGUGGACAUCCGCCAGAUCUACGACAAGUUCCCUGAGAAGAAAGGUGGCCUGAAGGAGCUCUAUGAGAGGGGGCCCCAGAACUCCUUUUUCCUGGUCAAGUUCUGGGCGGAUCUGAACAGCACCAUUCAGGAUGGUCCUGGUGCUUUUUACGGCGUAAGCAGUCAGUAUAGCAGUGCAGAAAACAUGACCAUCACAGUCUCCACUAAAGUGUGCUCCUUCGGAAAGCAAGUAGUCGAGAAGGUGGAGACGGAAUUUGCCCGGAUGGAGAAUGGACGGUGUGUGUACCGAAUCCAUCGGUCCCCCAUGUGCGAGUAUAUGAUCAACUUUAUCCAUAAACUGAAACACCUCCCAGAAAAAUACAUGAUGAACAGCGUCCUGGAGAAUUUCACCAUCCUGCAGGUUGUUACCAACAGAGAUACCCAGGAAACCUUGCUCUGCAUAGCCUUUGUUUUUGAGGUAUCCACCAGCGAGCACGGAGCCCAGCAUCAUGUGUACAAGUUGGUCAAAGACUAGAGGCCCCUUUGGGGUGACCGGGCAAUUUGAGGAAGAAGAGAAGAAGUCCUGUCAGAGAAGCCACCCGAAUAGGAUGCCUUGACGCAAGUCUUUUGAAAAAAUGAACACACAACACACACACACAAAAAGCAAUGCCAAAAAGACUGUAUCACAAUCACAGAUGUUUUCUACUUAGGAACAAUUUUUUUAAAAAGAAAAAAAACAAGCAGAAAAGAAAAGCAUGACAGGAAAGCAUAUAGCGGAAGGAGAGCUGUAUCUGGAGGCAGCAAGGAGGACUGUUCCUGGGGGCUCGGUCAUCAGUAUUUCAGGAGACAUUGGCGCCAAGGCCUGGUACCUCUGGAUAUCUCUCCCGUCACACAACACUAGAACAGCAUCUACUUCCUAAUACCUGGAUGUGCCUAUAUAUCCCAUGCCAAUUUGUCCUCGAAACCUGGGUGGUUUCAUUUAGAGAAAAGUGUCCUGUGAGGGCUGCUAAGGAUGUCUGUUCUGGGAAGGGAUGGGGGAAUCAGAUGCUGCCUUGUUUAUGUGACCGAUCCCACUCUGUUUGAGACACCGACAAAGAAGAUGAAGAGUUUUCUUCCAUCUCUUGAUGCAGGCUGCGUGCAGAGCCAGCACAGGGAAUUGGCGGCUUGCGUCAUGUGGCACCCAUGCCACCCAUGGGUUAAUUGCAAGAAAACGAUUUUGUUCCAACGUUUUCCUGGGCAUUUUCUAUUGCAAGAUACGGUGGUGGUGGGAGGGCGCCAGGAGUUGAUUAUGGCAUGAAUGUGGCGAUUUUACACCCAUGUCCCAGAUGUUUGGAUAAUAGACAGGAGCAGGGUUGCAGGAUCGUGUGUGUGCGUGCGCCAACAAGGAAUGGAGAGCCUUAAAGAUACCUGUCUGUGGGAUGUUAAAAGGUUAGAGUAUGUAUUAAAAGGAAGGAGGGGUGCUCAGCUGGAGGAGAGCAAUUCAGGAAAUCAUAGAUGAGGCGGGUUGCAAAUAAGCAGGCUGACUCUAGGUGAGCAAUGAGAUGACUGGAAAAAUAUUAGGGCUCGCCAAGGUUGAGUAACUUGGGGGGGGGAAAUCUGAAUUUGUAUGGGAUUUUUAACCAGCUCUCAAUGGAGCAUUAUUAUUAUUAUUAUUACAUCUGCCAUGUCAAAAACAGCAUGGGAUAAGCUUAGACCAAAGUUCUUGCUGCCUGGGCAUUGUUCUGGUAAGGUAUUAAUUUCCCUUCUGCUUCUCUGUUCAUCUGUGGUAGUCAUCCAGGAAAGGGCAUGGUCUAAAUAUCACAAUGCAAAUCUUUCCUCUGGAUUAUGUACUUCCCACCUAGGACAUCUUUGUGGAGGCUGCUA